CGUUCGGUAGGCAUCAGUAGAAGUCGGUCGGUGAAGCACGAUGCGAUCCAUUUUGGCAGUGACCGUAGUCUGCCUGCUUGCUGUUGCAAGUGGCAGCUACAUGACCAAGGAUGUCAAGUACGGUGACGAGUUGUUCCUGAAGAAGCAGAAAGCCAUCCUGGAGAUCUUCCAGCACAUUCAUCAGCCUGAGGUACACACUACCCUGUGGGAAGAAUCCAAGGGAUUCGAUGUUGAACAGAACCUGGACCACUACACCAACGUGGAAGCCGUGAAGGAGUUCCUGCGGUUCUACAAACACGGCAUGCUCCCAAUGGAGGAGAUCUUCUCCAUCCACAACGAGUUCCACCGCGAAGAGGUGAUUUCCCUGUUCCAUCUGUUCUACUACGCCAAGGACUGGGACACUUUCUACAAGACCAUGCUGUGGGCUCGUUUCCACGUCAACGAAGGUAUGUUCGUGUACGCCCUUACCGUUGCAGUCCUGCACCGCCACGACAUGGAGGGAAUCGUCCUGCCAGCACCGUACGAAAUCUAUCCCUUCUACUUCUUCAACGAUGUCGUCAUCAGCAAGGCCCAGCGCUACAAGAUGCAAGGCUUCUACAAGAUGAAGAAGAUCAACGACGUCUACACUGCCUACAUCCCCAGCAACUACACCGGAUACUACGUCCACACUAGCCCGGAACAGCGCGUUGGAUACUUUACCGAAGAUAUCGGUCUGAACUCCUACUACUACUACUUCCACGCUGACUAUCCAUUCUGGAUGGGCGGCAAAGAAUUCGGCCUCUACAAGGACCGUCGUGGAGAAUUCUUCCUGUUCCAGCACCAACAGCUUCUGGCUCGUUACUACCUCGAACGUUUGUCCAACGAUCUCGGAGUCAUUCCACCCUUCUCCUGGCACAAAUCCAUCACCACCGGCUACUACCCCUACCUUCGCUACUACAACGGUAUGGCGUUCCCGGUGCGUGACAACUACUACAGCGCUUCCAUUGACAAGAGCCAAGUCGUCGAGCAGAUCGAAGACUUCGAACACCGCAUCAUGGAAACCAUCGACUACGGUUUCAUCGUCCUGCCCGAUGGAAGCUACGUCAACAUCACCACCCCGUCCGGAAUCGAAUACCUUGGCAAUCUGAUCCAGUCGAACGAAGACAGCGUCAACUCUCGCUUCUACGGAUACCUGGAAGUGUUGGCCAAAUACUUCCUCGGAGGCUCCAUCAAGCUGCGCAACGAAUACCGCUCGAUCCCAUCCGUCCUGGAGAAGUUCGAAACCACCAUGCGUGAUCCGAUGUUCUACCAGCUGUACAAGCGCAUCGUCGAGUAUUACUACCGCUUCCUGGACCUGCUCCCAUCGUACAAGAAGGAAGAACUGGACUUCCCCGGAGUCAAGAUUGAAUCCGUUGAGAUGGACAAGCUGGUGACCUAUUUCGAUAAGUUCGAUGCCGACAUCACCAAUGCCGUCGAUGUGGAAGUGUUCGAUGAAUCGACCAUGAAGGGAUCGGACAUGAAGAAGUUCGGCAAGAUCGCUCACUACCAAGGCGAAGAUUUCGUCCUCUAUGCUCGCAUGCCUCGUCUGAACCAUCUUCCGUUCACCUUCAAUCUGAAUGCUGUCUCGGACAAGGCUCAGAAGGCCAGCAUCUACGUCUACCUGGGACCGAAGUACGACCAGUACGGAAACAUCUACGGAGUCGAUGCCAACCGUGAGAACUUCUUCGAGCUUGACCACUUCCUGGUCGAUCUGAUCCCGGGCAAGAACGUCAUCACUCGCAACUCGCAAGACUUCAGCUGGUUCGUCAAGGACCGCACCACCUACUUCGAGCUGUACAAACAGGUCAUGAAGGCCUACAACGGCGAAGGCAAGUUCCCGCUGGACAUGUCCGAAGCUCACUGCGGCUUCCCGGCUCGUCUGAUGCUGCCCAAGGGCAAGAAGGGCGGUAUGCCGUUCCAGUUCUUCUUCAUGGUCGUCCCGUACCACACUCCAAAGGUUGAGCAGUUCACCGGUUUCGACAGCACCCUGUCCUGUGGAGUCGGAUCCGGAGCCCGCUACCUGGACGAUUUGCCAUUCGGCUAUCCCUUCGAGCGCAAAAUCGACGAAAGUGCCUGGUUCACGCCGAACAUGAAGUACUACGACACCAUGAUCUACCACAAGAGCGAAACCGAGGUCAACUCGGUCGUCGUCUAGUCGCGUAUUUAAGCCACUGGGAAAUUCUUUAAUUGAAGACUGUUAAUAAAUGAGGAAAAGUUUGCUUUAGUAGUAGAA